AUGAAGAAUCCAGGGAAAAGAUCAUCAGUUAAAAGAUUACUUGAACAUCCAUUUCUACAAGAAAAUUUAACAACACAAAUUGCAAAAGACCUCUUGGAUAGAUUAUAUAAUGAAGCAAUGAAUAAUACCAUAUCCGAAGAUAGAGAUAACGAUAAAGAUGAUAGAAAUAUCUUUCGAGCACCACAUACGAUUACAUCAAUUAGAGAUACGAAAGCAGUAUCAUCAUCAAGUAAGAAAAAAAAACCUAUUACCAAACAUUCUCCAUUAAAUGUUCCAUUAUCAACAAAAAAUAAGAAUAAUGAAAAUGUCGAACAUAUUCAACGAUUACAAUCAUUAGGUUUAGCUGAAGAAAAUAUUCAUACUUUAAUGAAAAAAUUAUCAUUAAGUGCAUUUGAAAAUUUAUCUUUAAAUGAAAUUCAACAUAUUGUUGAUGUAAUAUGUAAUAUAUGA